AUGGAGUUUGAGACGACGGAGACGGCACGCUCGACACCGAGUCGUCACGAAAAAAGUUUGGGGCUCCUUACAAGGAAGUUUGUCAGUCUGCUGCAAGAGGCGAAGGAUGGCGUCCUUGAUUUGAAAGUGGCUGCAGACAGCUUGGCAGUGAAACAGAAGAGGAGGAUAUAUGACAUCACCAAUGUGCUGGAAGGUGUGGGGCUGAUAGAGAAGAAAAACAAGAAUAUAAUCCAGUGGAGGGGGGAAAACAAGGGAAGCCAAACCCAGGAGGUGCAGGAGCAGGUGAACGUUCUGAAGGCCCAUCUCUCUGAGCUAGACGCUCAAGAGAAAGAGCUGGACAACCAGAAGGCAUGGCUGGAGGAGAACAUUAAACACCUCAACCAUGACCCCGUCACUAACAUUUAUACGUUUGUGACACAUGAAGACAUCUGCAAUGCCUUCAGUGGGGACACUCUUCUGGCUGUGGUGGCUCCUGCUGGGACUCAACUAGAGGUGCCAAUACCUGAAAUGGGGCAGAGUGGUCAGAAGAAGUACCAGGUGAACCUACGCAGCCAGUCUGCCCCCAUCCAGGUCAUGCUCAUCAACAGGGAUUCAGACUCCACAAUACCCGUGGUGUUCCCCGUGCCGCCCACCGACGACAUCUGCCCAAUGCCAACGCCACCUAGCACCCCCGCCAGCCUCCAGAGGUUCCCUCUCUCAACGUCUGCGUACUCCACUUCCAACACCACCACCUCCUACUGCAGCCAGGAUUCUCUCUACUCAGACCAGCAGAUGGUGCUGCCAGAACAUGAUGAAAUGCUGACGCCCUCGUCCACCCCUCCCGACGUGCAGAUGGUAUGUCACGCUCAGCCUGCGCCAGUGUUGGAGCAGCAGCAGAUGCACCUGGCGGGCCACGAGUUCCAGUCUGUACUGGACAUGAGCACCCUGUUGAAGCUCAACGCUCCCGGAGACCACAUGAAGGAUGACAGAGAGGGAUCUGUUGACCUCAUUGAUGAGCUGAUGUCUACUGAUGGCAUAGACUACAGCUUCAACCUGGACGACAAUGAGGGAGUGUGUGACCUGUUUGACGUGCAGAUCCUUAAUUACUGA